CACACCAUACUUUGUGCACUUGACUUAGUUCGAUACUCAUCCGCCUAGUUACCUAGGCCCCCGGGUUCCAUAACCCAACAUUGGUGCUCUCGUUGAGAGUGUCGAACACAUCAAGCGUGCUCCAAAGAAAAUGGUUGCGUCAAGGAGAGUGACUAGGUCAUCGACCGCCAAUGUCGGUGGUGGUCUCAGGAUGACCGUUACGGCGCCGACCGGCGCAGGUCCCGAUGAGUUGGACAUCAGCCUCAAUGACGUCGCCAGCCAAAACACCAUCGAUCUGCGUCAUCGCAUUCCCAAGCGGCGAACGACGAACGCUGGGGGGUCUCAGGCGCCAACACAGCAGGUGCCCACCCAGGGCGCCGGCGUUCUAACCCAGCCUUCUCCCAACGGGCUUGUGUGUGGGGGAGGCAUGGUGUUGCCCGGUGAUUUCAACUCACCAUUUUUCCAGUUCGGGGAAACCUCUGGUGCGAGGACCCCAGGUCCAGACCCUAGCGGUUUCUGGGCCAUGAUGAGGGCGAUGAUGCUCAAUCAGCCCAUGACCGAAUCUAAUGGCAAACUCCCGCCUGAAUCCUUCGCCCGGGGGACCCGAGAACAGGGAGUUGAGCCGGUCCCAGCAACGGGACAAGGGCAAGGGCCCGGAGCGCAGGCCAACAAGAAGCAAGCUAGCCGUCGGGACAAGGAGACGGCGAGCAAAUGUUGUGAACCCCUGAAGGAAGGACAAGGUGAGAGUGAGUCGCACGUAUCUGUGUUCAGCCGGAUGCGAGUGCCGGUCACGGAACGGCGGUAUGGCCGACGGAAUACCUUCCUGCAGAACGAAGUGGGGAAGAUCAGGAUGCCCUGCGAGGAACAGUGUGACCGACACAGAGAGGUCCAUCCGGAAAGGCCAGAUUCCCGGGCCAAGCAACCCGUCCAACAUCCGGCCUUGAGAGCGCCGCAAAGGACGCCCAUCGCGAUGGAUGUAGGCAUGGGCAGAUCUGGGGACGAACGCAUCGAUUUUCUCUUGCAAAGGCUGGAUGCCUUAGAGAAAAGAAGCGGGCCGGGGCAGGUGGCCGAACCCAUGUUCAGACUCUGUUCUCCUUUUUCGGAAAGGAUCUUAAGAGCGCCACUGCCGAGCAGCUUCCAGAUGCCCCCAAUACCAAGGUAUGACGGAACUACCGACCCGCAGGAACAUUUCAACCGGUACCUAACCCUCAUGAACGUGGUGACGUUCUCCAAGGAGGUCCUUUGCAGGUCGUUUCCCGCCACUCUCGACGGGCUGGCGUCUGAGUGGUUCAAUGAACUGCCUGAAGGGAAGAUCGAUUCAUGGGAGGAUUUGGCGCGAAGAUUCUUGGUGCACUUCGCUGGCAACAGGAAGAAGAAACUGCAAUUUUCACACCUCUUGUCGGUCAGACAGCGACCCGACGAGCCGCUGAGGGAAUUCCUGGCAAGGUGGAAGCUGGAGACCACCAGAGUUUACGGAGCGGAUGACAAAACCAGGUUAUCCACCUUUCAUUUGGUCUUGCGAUCGGUGGACUUCUCCAAGCGUCUGGCCUUGGAGAAGCCGAGGGAGUAUUCCAUCGCGCUGGCCAUGGCGGAGGAUGAAGCCGAAGUAGAGGAGUUGGAGGCAAACAAGAAGAAGGAAGAAGCAGGGAGGUUUGGUUCCAGCGUAACGGCGGUGAAGCCUACGCCGAGGAAGGUCACCAUUGAUGAACGGCCACACUUGCCAGUCGGACACCGCUUCCGUAAGGGUAGAGACCCGCGCGACCGACGAUCGCAUGGAAAGGAUAUAUAUGAAGAAGGGGGUGAGGACAGGAGGCCAUAUCCCCCCAGAGGUCCCAAGUUGUUGUUCCCCAAUGAGCUUACGCCGCUUACACAUCCCGUAAGCGCCAUCCUGGAUUUCACCGAGCAUCAGGGCUUGGUGGAGUAUGACCCGCGAUUCCCUCCGAUUUGCACCGUCAGUGAGGGUCCUUACUGCAGGUUUCACAGAGCAGCUGGUCAAGACACGGACGCGUGUAAGGUCCUCAAGAGGGAGAUCGAGAACCUGAUCCAGGCGGGAUAUUUGCGGCAGUUUGUCAAAAAGAAGAACACAUGGCGCAAGGACGACGGAAAGAAGAGCGGGGACAACCGAGGGAAGAAACCGGCGGGAACUCAGCAGAAGAAGAGAAAGAAGAUAGGCCUGCCGAGCGAUGAGGAAGAAGAAGACAAUCCUAGGCAAAAGAGGAUCGAAGAGAGCCGGAUGAUCUACGGUGGCAACACUGGAGGGGACAGUGCUGAACAAAGGAAGAAGUGGGUGCACUCGGCCUACGUCGGAGACGUUCGUAGUACGCCUGGACCGUCGAAGGUCGCGAAGACAGAGCCCCUCCUGUUUGGUCCAAAGGACCUGCCUGAGAUCCCAUCGCCCCACAGAGACGCCUUGGUCGUCAGGUGCGAGAUCAACGAGGUGGUAAUCCACCGAUCCUACGUUGAUAAUGGGAGCUCGGUCAAUAUCAUGUAUGUAAAGACAUUUGAGGAGCUGGGAUUAAAGAAGGAACUCCUGAAGAGAGUAAAGACUCCCUUGUCCGGAUUCACAAGAGACAUCAUCGAUUCAGAAGGAUUGAUCGAGGUGAUGGUCACCUUUGGCGAUGGAGAGCACAAGAAGACCAUUCCGGUCGAAUUCAUGGUAGUGCGACUCCUGGGGUCCCACAAUCUGAUUCUGGGUCGGCCUGCACUGGAAGAUCUCGAUUCCGUAACGUCGGUGAAGUAUCUAAGCAUGAAAUUCUCUACCGACUCGGGAAUCGGAGUAUGCAGAGGAAACCAAAAACUCGCCCGACUCUGUUACCAGAAGCAGACAAAGAAGAUGGACGCUCAGGACCUCCGAGUGGACAGCAUUGCCACGACACUCUUGAAGGAGGAAGAAGGCCGUCCUCGAGCUGAACCAGCCGAGGAGACAGAAGAUGUGGUGAUAAUGGAGGAGCAGCUGGAGAAAAAGAUCAAGUUCGGUAUUAACAUCAGUGUCGAGCUUCGGUCCAAGAUUAUACAGGUACUCAGGGAGAACUUCGUGGUGUUUGCAUGGAGUGUCGAGGAUAUGCCGGGAGUUAGCAAAUCCCUAAUCACUCACCGCCUCGCGGUCGGAUCGGACGCGGAGCCCAUAAAGCAAAGAAGGCGACACUUGAGCAAAGACCGGGGGGAUUUCGUGAAGAAGGAGGUAGACAUGCUCCAAGCAGCGGGGCAUGUCAAGGAGAUCAAAUACCCCACCUGGCUGGCCAACGUCGUGCUGGCACCGAAGGGGCAGACGUUCAGGAUGUGUGUGGAUUACUGAUAAGUCGGGUUUGGUUUGGUUCUUUUUAUUCUAUUUUAUGCAUUUUUAAUAUUUUUAGUCUUUAAUUUUUAGUUGUUUUAGAUUAGUUUUAUUUUAAUUCUUAUUUUUAAAUUCUUUUUAUUUUCUUUCAAAAAUAUUAGCUUUUUAAUCAAUUUUACAUUAUAUU